AUGCGUCCUGUCCCUGAAAAUCUACGCCCUGACGUUUGGCGCAUAUGUCUGAGGUUGGACACUCAGUCGCAAGCAAUGGCUACAUUUAACGAUGUUUUGGAAUUAGAAAAUCAGUCACAACUUCAUGAAGAUUGUGAGUUGGCUUCUAAGGAGUUAUUUAAUCGUCUGACCAAACAGCAUAGUCUUCAACAGUCGAAAAAUAUCUCUAAUCUGUCAGUGAACAGUGAUAAUUAUGAUUCAGAUUUAGAAGCGUCAUCCCUCAGUAUGUUCCUCCCACCAGCUGCAAAGAUAUCUAGUGAUUUGGAAUCUGUUUUAACACAUUUCGCUCAGACUUAUCGUUUGAAAUAUAGUUCAAUCAACGGUUGGGUAUCAAUACUUAAAGUACUUUUCAUUGUCCUGAAACCGACCAAUCGGUCGGAACUGUAUGCGAGUUUCGUUUCAUUCUACCAUCGUUUCGUUGCUACGGGAGUAAAUAUUGACCAAUGUGUAAGCAUAGUUUUCCGUUUGUUGUUGCAAUAUCACGAACCAAAGUUGUGCAGCUUUUUGGAUUCAUUAAAAGUUAGUCCUGAAAGUUAUUUCAUACCUUGGAUGUCAAGUCUUUACGCUGAUUUUAUAUCAGAAGAUGUUAUACCAUCCCUAUGGGAUUUAUAUUUCUUGAAGUCGGAUCCUUUGCUUGGCUUCUAUAUUGGAUUACUACUUAUUGUUAAUACCAAGUCCGUUCUUCUUAACCAACAGUUCGAUAAAACUGAGGAUAAUGAAAAUGAUUCAAAUACAAAUAAUUUACUUUCGUAUACUAAUGAUCAGACUUCUUUCGAUUCGUCCGAUGUGACCGAAGUGGAUGAAUCCUGGAAGGUUAACCUUGAGAUCGCACUGUUAGAGGAUGCUGACAUUUUUCGAAUUCGGGAUAUUUGUGCCAUGCGUCCUGUCCCUGAAAAUCUACGCCCUGACGUUUGGCGCAUAUGUCUGAGGUUGGACACUCAGUCGCAAGCAAUGGCUACAUUUAACGAUGUUUUGGAAUUAGAAAAUCAGUCACAACUUCAUGAAGAUUGUGAGUUGGCUUCUAAGGAGUUAUUUAAUCGUCUGACCAAACAGCAUAGUCUUCAACAGUCGAAAAAUAUCUCUAAUCUGUCAGUGAACAGUGAUAAUUAUGAUUCAGAUUUAGAAGCGUCAUCCCUCAGUAUGUUCCUCCCACCAGCUGCAAAGAUAUCUAGUGAUUUGGAAUCUGUUUUAACACAUUUCGCUCAGACUUAUCGUUUGAAAUAUAGUUCAAUCAACGGUUGGGUAUCAAUACUUAAAGUACUUUUCAUUGUCCUGAAACCGACCAAUCGGUCGGAACUGUAUGCGAGUUUCGUUUCAUUCUACCAUCGUUUCGUUGCUACGGGAGUAAAUAUUGACCAAUGUGUAAGCAUAGUUUUCCGUUUGUUGUUGCAAUAUCACGAACCAAAGUUGUGCAGCUUUUUGGAUUCAUUAAAAGUUAGUCCUGAAAGUUAUUUCAUACCUUGGAUGUCAAGUCUUUACGCUGAUUUUAUAUCAGAAGAUGUUAUACCAUCCCUAUGGGAUUUAUAUUUCUUGAAGUCGGAUCCUUUGCUUGGCUUCUAUAUUGGAUUACUACUUAUUGUUAAUACCAAGUCCGUUCUUCUUAACCAACAGUUCGAUAAAACUGAGGAUAAUGAAAAUGAUUCAAAUACAAAUAAUUUACUUUCGUAUACUAAUGAUCAGACUUCUUUCGAUUCGUCCGAUGUGACCGAAGUGGAUGAAUCCUGGAAGGUUAACCUUGAGAUCGCACUGUUAGAGGAUGCUGACAUUUUUCGAAUUCGGGAUAUUUGUGCCAUGCGUCCUGUCCCUGAAAAUCUACGCCCUGACGUUUGGCGCAUAUGUCUGAGGUUGGACACUCAGUCGCAAGCAAUGGCUACAUUUAACGAUGUUUUCGAAUUAGAAAAUCAGUCACAACUUCAUGAAGAUUGUGAGUUGGCUUCUAAGGAGUUAUUUAAUCGUCUGACCAAACAGCAUAGUCUUCAACAGUCGAAAAAUAUCUCUAAUCUGUCAGUGAACAGUGAUAAUGAUGAUUCAGAUUUAGAAGCGUCAUCCCUCAGUAUGUUCCUCCCACCAGCUGCAAAGAUAUCUAGUGAUUUGGAAUCUGUUUUAACACAUUUCGCUCAGACUUAUCGUUUGAAAUAUAGUUCAAUCAACGGUUGGGUAUCAAUACUUAAAGUACUUUUCAUUGUCCUGAAACCGACCAAUCGGUCGGAACUGUAUGCGAGUUUCGUUUCAUUCUACCAUCGUUUCGUUGCUACGGGAGUAAAUAUUGACCAAUGUGUAAGCAUAGUUUUCCGUUUGUUGUUGCAAUAUCACGAACCAAAGUUGUGCAGCUUUUUGGAUUCAUUAAAAGUUAGUCCUGAAAGUUAUUUCAUACCUUGGAUGUCAAGUCUUUACGCUGAUUUUAUAUCAGAAGAUGUUAUACCAUCCCUAUGGGAUUUAUAUUUCUUGAAGUCGGAUCCUUUGCUUGGCUUCUAUAUUGGAUUACUACUUAUUGUUAAUACCAAGUCCGUUCUUCUUAACCAACAGUUCGAUAAAACUGAGGAUAAUGAAAAUGAUUCAAAUACAAAUAAUUUACUUUCGUAUACUAAUGAUCAGACUUCUUUCGAAAAGGUUAGGAAUUUAAUAAUUAAUCUUCCUAAACCGAUGUGUGUUGGUGAUUUGACAAGUUUAGUUGAUAUUAUCGAAGUGUUCAUCAACAACACGCCGAUUUCUUUCCGGUCUCGAUACCUUCCUAUACUUUUUGGUAACGCUCAAAUUGAGUCAGAACGUUCAGUUUUAUUCGAUGCCUUAUGCAUGCCAAUUACUAUCCAAGAAGUCCUCGAUGCCCAAUCAAUGUGCCUACAAGAUUAUGGUCUUAAUAAUUCGUCUAUUACACUACCAGAUAACCCAUCUGACUCGACAACUGAUCUUCGCUAUCUUCUUGUUGAUUGUCGUCCUGCAGAGCAAUAUAAUGCUGGUCACUUACCAACUGCUUUUUUCCUGGACUCAUCUUUGAUUAUGUCUGAACCCCUAAAAUUUCAAAAUGCCGUUAAGUUUUUAUUAUCAACUCAAGAACGGUCACUUGCUGCUGGUUCAUAUGCUGUUGGAAAGCAUAUCACAUUUUUAAGUACUGGGAGAAAAGACGAAGAUCAACUAGCUAAUAUGGUUGUAGCUGAGUUUCUCCGGCAAAACACACCAUAUAUCAGUUUGAUUGAAGGUGGUUAUACAGCUUUACAUGAAGUCUUAGGUACUUAUGAAGUUGGUAGGAGUUUAAUUGGUCAUGAACCUACAAUAUGUUUAGGAUGUAUUGGAGGAAAAAACUUUGUACCUUUAUCAACUUCUAAUAGUAAAAUGGAGUCAUCAUGUUUAAUAAAUGAAAAAGCAAAAGUACAACCAGUUAACUCUUCGAGUGUUGGUUUAUUCUCUAAAUUCUCAAAUGCAAUAUUUAAUACUGGCCGUAGUUUGGAUCAAGUACCAAAACUUUUGAAACUUUCAAGUGUAAGUUCAGUGCCAACAACAACAAUCAAAACUGAUACAACCCCUACAUACCAACCUGUUCAGAAUAAAGAAACAAAAAAACCCGUUGCUUACAGAAAUACAUCAUCUGUAUUCAGUAUUGAUGAUGACUAUGACGAAGAUGAUCUAUGUGAUGAUGAAGCUGAGACUAUUACAAACAGUCCCAAUCAUACAGAGAAAGAAGCAAGAAAUGCGACGUUAUCUGAACAGUCAACUUGGUUAAAACGUUUUGUUAAAGCAUCUACACAUGUUGCACCUGACAUGGAUGGGGAUUUCCCCCCUCGAAUUGAUGGUAUGGACAGCUGUGAAGUUGGCGAUUUAAUUGAUACUACCCGGUGGUCUAGACGGCCAGAAGUAAGAGGUGUAUUUAGUACCCGAUUUAUAAGGCCUAAUGGACAAUUAGGCGAUAGUGGUUUACUUGUUUUAGCAGAACGUCAUUUAAUUUUGUUGCGUCAUCCAACUCCUCGACUUCCUAACCAACUCAUCAACUCUCUUAGUUCUACUUUACAGUCUGUUUUUAACAAAAAGAAUCCAAAAUCAUCUGAAUAUUCGGCUAUUCAAAAACCAACUACAGAUCUCCCGAAAUAUGCUGUUGUUUAUCGAUCAAUUCCCUUAUCUAUGGUAGUGAAAAUCACGUCAAAUCGUCGUUUCCCGGAAUGUAUUACAUUUCACUAUUGUCCACAUGACGAAGGCGAUAUGCUAAAACUAAACGAUCAGUCAUUAUUUAGUAUGAAAGAUCGAUUAUAUAUUAAUAAAGCAGGUGAAGCAGUGAAAAUGGUAAAAACUGCCAUCUUUACUACUGUUGCAUCAUUGGAAACGUAG